AUGCAAAUUUUUUGUAAAAUUGAUCCCCAAUGACUUCUUAAUUUCAAGGAUUUUGCUCAAAACUUUAAAAUAUUUAAAAAUUCAAUAAUAAAUAUGAGUGCUCAUAAAGAUUACAUUCAGCGGACUCUAAACCCUUUGCUUCAAGAUAUCGUUGCUUCUUUAAUUGAAGCAAAGCCUGAAGAUCCAGUCCUUUUUAUGGUUAAAUGACUCCAGAGUCGCUUAGGAAUGCAAGAUCAGCCUUCUGAAAAAGAAGAGCUUAGAAUCCUCAGACAAGAAGUUGCAAGAUUAAAAUCAGCCCAAAACGUCGGGUCAGAAGGCGAAGAAAGUGAAAUUUCUGAAGGAGAAGCCAUUGAAGAAGAUUUAGCAGAAAAAAGCCGAAGAAAAUCGCACAGAGCUGCAGUUUCAGCCGAAGUGUACGGCAGCUGGAACAAAAAAGAAGAUUUCGUCCCAAGAAUCAUAGAAAAAACGCCUGACUCCCCCCCCCCCUCCGUGAGCGAACAAAAAAAUUUUGUUCGCUCACGGAGGGGGGUUAAUUUUUUUUUUUUAAAAAAAAUUUAUAUAUAAAUUUUAUAAAAAAAUAUUUUUUUCGAAAUUUAAAAAAAUCCUAAUUUGCAAAAAUUGGGAAGCAAAUAUUAAUUUAAUUUGCAAAAUUUAUGUUUUAAAACGCAAUUUGUUUAAAAUUAAUCAGAAUUAGCUCUAGAUUUCAUUAUACUAAUUAUCACUUAUAUAUCAAAAUUUUUUUCCAUUAAAAUUUUUUUCUAUUAAAAAAAUUUUUGUUCACUCACGGAGGGUGGGUUUUUGGUCAAAAAAUGGCGAUUUUUCUAAUGGUUUUGUUCGCUCACGGAGGGGGGGGGGGAGAGUGAGCAAAAAUCCAGGAUUUUUGAAAGGCUCAGUCAUUCUUUUAUGUUUAGUGCCUUGGACGAAAAAGAAAAAGAAAUUGUCGUCAACGCCAUGGACGAGCGUGUUUUCCAAAACAAUGACACUGUAAUUCGUCAAGGAGACGACGGAAAUGAGCUUUAUGUCGUUGAUUCUGGCACCCUAAAAUGCUAUAAAAAUAUCCACGGAGAGAAUAAAUAUUUAAAAGACUAUUUUCCUGGAGAAGCCUUUGGGGAGCUUGCUUUACUUUAUAACGCCCCACGCGCUGCUACAAUUUUAGCUGUAAAUGACUGUGUUUUAUGGUCGCUUGACAGAGAGUGUUUUAAUCAUAUUGUAAAAGGCUCAGCAAUAAGGAAAAGAGAACGCUAUGAAGCAUUUUUGUCGAGGGUAGAAAUUUUGGAGUCGAUGGAUCCUUAUGAAAGGUCUCAGCUUGCUGAUGCUUUUAUUAGUGUGAAUUAUGAGGAAGGAGAGCAUGUUAUUAGAGAAGGAGAAGCCGGGGAUGUGUUCUAUAUAAUUGAAGAAGGCUCAGCUGUCGCGACAAAAACUAUUGUAAAAGGAAGGGCUCCUGAAGAAGUAAAACAGUAUGGGCCUGGAGACUAUUUUGGAGAACUUGCACUAAUAAGAAAUGAACCUAGAGCUGCAAAUGUAAUAGCGACUUCUCGCUUAAGAUGUGUAUCACUAGACAGACAUUCAUUUAAGAGAAUGCUAGGACCUCUUGAGGAAAUUCUUAAAAGAAAUGCCAAACUAUAUGAAGAUAUAAUAGCUCAGAAGAGAUAA